AUGGAGCCACACAACUUGAAGGCAACGGAUUCUGACAAUGGACAAACGCCAUCAGAAAACGAAAAGCUGCAUAUAGAGAAUGGCGUACCGGUCCCAAUCAUCGACGUCCCUGACCCGGAUGAGCAUCUCAGCGAAGAGGAGAGGAAGCGUAUUGACCGGGCUUUACUCUGGAAGCUUGACCUUCAACUCAUCCCAUGGCUCUCCUUUCUAUAUCUUAUUUCCUUCCUGGACCGAACAAACAUAGGAAAUGCAAAGAUCGAUGGCCUCCAAGAGGAUCUGCACAUGACCAACAAUGAAUACAACGCCACUUUGACCAUCUUCUUCAUCUCUUAUUCCGUCUUUGAGCCUUUGACACAAGUUCUUCUCAAGAGGUUGAAACCGUCCAUCUUCCUCCCUGCCAUUAUGAUUGCGUGGGGGAUCUGUAUGACAUGCAUGGGAUUAGUCCAUAAUUUCUCCGGUCUUAUGGCUGCUCGAUGGUUCCUUGGUCUGGCCGAGGCCGGCCUGUUCCCAGGGGUGAACUAUUACCUGAGUUGCUGGUACAGAAGAUCCGAGUUUGGUAUCCGCGCUGCUAUUUUCUUCAGCGCAGCAGCUCUUGCCGGGUCUUUCGGUGGUCUUUUGGCUGCCGCUAUCGUCAACAUGGAUGGGGUUGGAGGUAAGCCUGGGUGGGCGUGGAUUUUCAUAUUGGAAGGGCUGGCCACAGUUGUUGUCGCUUUCCUUUCUUUCUUCAUGGUGCAUGAUUUCCCUGAUGAUGCCAAAUUUCUAUCGGAGGACGACCGUCGCCGUGUCAUUCGCCGUCUGAAACUUGACCAACAGUCCAGUGCUGAACAUGAGGAGUUCAAAAUGGCCUAUCUGUGGGCCAGUCUAAAGGACUGGAAGACGUACACCGGAAUGAUCAUUUAUAUGGGGUGUGAUGGCGCCUUAUAUUCGUUCAGUCUUUUCUUGCCCACAAUUAUACAACAGAUGGGCUACAAAAGCAUUCAUGCGCAACUUCUCAGUGUCCCACCAUAUGCAGUUGCGGCAGUGGUCACUGUUUUCAUCGGAUUUGUUGCAGACCGAACUCGCAUGCGAGGGUACUGUAACAUCGCCAUGUCAUUUUUCGGUGUCGCAGGUUUCGCUAUGCUUCUCGGCUCAGGCGAGCCCCACGUCCAAUACGCUGGAACUUUCCUCGGAGCCAUGGGGAUUUAUCCAUGCAUAGCGAACACCAUCUCGUGGACAGCCAACAAUGUCGAGGGUGUAUAUAAACGGGGUAUUUCUUUGGGCUUCGUCAUUGGUUGGGGCAAUCUGAAUGGUAUUGUGUCGUCCAACAUCUAUCGGGCCAAGGACAAACCACGAUUCAAGCCCGGACAUGCUGUUGUUCUUGCAUAUGAAGCGUUGUUUCUUCUUGGAGGGAGCGUGGUUCAGCACGUCUUGCUUCGUCGAGAGAAUGCGAAACGUAGGAACGGUGAGCGGAACCACUGGGUUGAAGGCAAGACAGAAGAGGAAAUCGACAAGCUUGGCGACAAGAGACCAGACUUUCUGUACACCUUGUAA